AUGAUGACUAUGAUGAUGGUGGACUUGAGCCAAUCACCACUAUCAUCAUCACCAAAGUCACCAUCAAACAUCAUUAACGACGAUGAGGAAGAGAGAUUAGAGGUUGUGAAUUUGAGUGGUUUGGCAUUACAAUCUCUCCCGAAUCCUUCCCUCAAUUUGACAAAUAUUUGCAAGCUUGAUCUCUCCAACAAUCAUAUCAAGAAAAUACCAGAAUCUCUAACAGCGAGAUUACUGAACUUGAUAGCGUUAGAUAUUCACUCAAACCAGAUCAAAGCUCUUCCAAACUCCAUUGGCUGUCUCUCCAAGCUCAAGAUCCUUAACGUCUCUGGCAACUUUCUCGUUUCCCUCCCCAAAACUAUUCAAAAUUGCAGGUCACUUGAAGAACUAAACGCCAACUUCAACGAGCUGGUCAGAUUACCAGACUCAAUAGGAUUAGAACUAACCAAUCUGAGGAAGCUCUGUGUCAACUCAAACAAGCUCAUUACCCUACCAACCUCCAUCACCUACCUCACUUCCCUCCGUGUCCGCGAUGCUCGUCUCAACUGCCUUAUGGUCCUCCCUGAAGACCUAGAGAAUCUCAUCAACCUCGAGAUACUCAACGUCAGUCAGAACUUCCAGCAUCUCACCGCCCUCCCAUCUUCCAUCGGCCUUCUCAUGAACCUCCUCGAGCUGGACAUAAGCUACAACAAGAUCACAGUCUUGCCUGAGUCCAUUGGAUGCAUGAGACGGCUGAGGAAGCUGAGCGCUGAAGGAAACCCGCUCGUGUCCCCACCGGUUGAGGUUGUAGAGCAGAGCUUGCAGGCGGUGAGAGAGUAUCUGAGCCAGAAGAUGAACGGUAGACUGGUGAACACCGCAGCAAAGAAGACGUCAUGGGGAUUCCGUAAACUGGUUAAGUAUGGAACGUUCAAUGGAAGAGCAAGAGCUUGGAGCAGGGAAGAGAGAGAAGGACUCAUCAUGCCUGAGUACCGUCCCAUUGAUAUCUUAGCUUCGACUAGGUUUCCUGCUAUGUGCUCACCUCGCCGUAUCUUUUCUCCAAGAACCUACUUCAGCAGAUGA